AGUUUCGAUUCUCCACAGUACGCAUAAAUUCUCUUUCUUUCGUUUCUUUCUUCCAAUUCCGUUGGGAUUGCUUCCAAGCACACGCCUUUCUUCUUCUUCUUCUUCUUCUUCUUCUUCUUCAGUGGCGAGUGUCACUCUCUCUCCUCCAAAUCCCAUUCAUUUGCAUUUCAUCAUCAUAGUCAACAUCAACGUCAACAUCAACAACAAACCGAUGAUUCCCAAUAACAACCAUAGUACCCCUAAACCCAUUCCUCAUCCUUCUUCUUCCUCUAAUUCUUCAUCAACACCUCAAUUUCAGCUUCCAUUGUUUUCCCAACCCAUGGCUGGGGUUACUCCUAUCCCUAACCCCAACCCCAACCCCAACCCUUAUCCCCAACAACCACCUCAGCAUCAUCCAAUUCUCAAUCCAAUACCCGAUUUCCCCCAAUUCUCAAACCCCGAAGAACCUAGGGAUUUCGGGGUUCCUUACGCCACCACUUCCGUUCAAACCCAUCCCUGGGUUGACCAAGAAACCAACUUUCAGCCAUUUUCAACUGAUUUUGGGGUUUCCGAUCAAGACAUUGACAUUGGCUCAAUUAUUGCCAAUUUUCUCAACCCCUCUAACUCCGACUUAUUUGGUGGUCCCGAUCAUGGGGCAUCAUGCAAUGGCGUUGCUGAUGAAACAGAAAGAGGCUUUCUCAAGAGAGGAACAGUUGAUUAUAUGGGGGUUACCGUUCCCAUUGACGUCGAUAAUGCCACUCCCAAGCGCACUAAGACAAUGGGAGAAGUAUGGAACGAGAACCCUGAUUUUCAGUUUGAUUUUUCUCAAGGUUUCUUUUCGCCGGUGGUGGAGGUGGAGGAAGUGCAAGGUGAUCCGAGAGGGAAGAGGAAAUUGGAUGGUCAUGGUGCUGAUACCAGUGGUGCCGCUGAAAGGUUGGUUCUUGGUGGUGACAACGGUGGUGGUGGUAAUUCCGGUGGUCUCAGGAGGUUAAGCAGAGAAGAGAAAAUGAAGGGGCCGGUGAUGGAAAUUGAUUUCUUGGCAAAUGCUUUUCAUGACGAGGCAUUCGGCGCACCUAGACCUGAAAAUUCGAACCCUGGUGUUCCGAUUGAAAUUUCAGAUGAUGAUGAUGAUGAUGAUGAUGAUGGCGGGGUUAUAAUCCGCCAGCCACCACAGGAUUUUGUUAGCUCAAGGAGAAGGGAACGUUUCAGGGACAUAGCCAAAGAAAAUGCAUCUCGGUUUGCCCGGUUCGUGCCGGAUGCUAAGGAUGAAUCAUCUAACCCUGAGCCUCCAAUUGAUGAGGGGCCAACACCUUUUUCGACAGCUUUGAAAUUUAUCAGAGAGAAAGGGAUGAAAAAUGUGCAAAAUAAAUCAUGGGUUCCUAAAUGGAAUCAUACAAGACCUAGGAUUAAGGUGCCAUCAUUGAAAGAAAUAUGCCUAAAAGUUCUUGCCAGCUAUGCUGAUGCAAUUGUGUCACUUGAUGGUGUCCCAGAAGACCUGAGGCACAGACUUAGCCAGCUGACCUGUGACUCUCAUCGGAUGGACUCUCACUUUUUUGAACUUGUUGUUAAAGGGUCUCCCACUGAGAUUCGCCUGAGAGAUUGCUCAUGGAUGUCUGAGGAUCAAUUGACAGAAUCUCUCAAAGCGUGUGACACUUCCAAAUUGGAGGUGCUACAACUUGACCAAUGUGGACGUUGUAUACCUGAUUAUAUUGUGACAAAGUCACCGAGGUGGUUACACUUACCUAGAUUAAUCAGUCUGUCCAUCACUGGUGCUUGCCGUCUAUCAGAUAAGGGGUUGCGAGCACUGAUUUCUUCUGCCCCGGCUCUUAGAUCGGUAAACCUAAGCCAGUGCUCCCUUCUCACAUCUGCCAGUAUUAAUAUUUUGGCUGAUUCACUAGGACCACUUCUGAAAGAGUUGUAUCUUGAUCAUUGCCAAAACAUCGAUACUGCAUUAAUUGUGCCAGCACUGAAGGCACUUGAAAAUUUAGAAGUGCUGUCAUUGGCAGGCGUGGGAACUGUUUGUGAUAAAUUUAUCAAGGAUUACAUCAUUGCCAAUGGUCAAAACAUGAAGGAGCUUAUUUUAAAGGAUUGUGUAAAGUUGACUGAUGUGUCGAUUAAAGUCAUUGCUGAACACUGUCCUCUGUUGUGUGUCCUUGAUCUCGAGAACUUGCCUAAUUUGACAGAUUUAUCUAUAGGAUAUCUUGCCAAUAAUUGUCGAGCACUUAACACAUUGAAGCUCCCCUGUACACCAUUCAGCGAUGAAGCAAUAGCUGCCUUCAUAGAGAUCAUUGGAGAGUCCUUGAAAGAACUUUCACUCAAUAAAAUCAAGAAGGUUGGUCAGCAUACAGCCGUGUCACUUGCAAGCCAUGCGAAAAAUCUGCAAGUUCUAGAUCUAUCUUUUUGCCGAAAUUUGACAGACACCGACUUGGGUUUGAUUGUGGAUAGCUGCUUCUCGCUAAAGUUUCUUAUACUUUUUGGAUGUACACAGGUUACAGAUGUUUUUCUGAAAGGAUAUUCAAACCCAGAGACCCAGAUCAUUGGAUUGCAGAUGUCUCCUUUAUUGCAACAUGUCAAAGUGCCUGAUUAUCAUCAAGGUGCUUUGCGUUAUUCACCGGUACCUGUAAAUUCGCCAUAAAUUAAAGUUAAAACAAAAUUAGAUAUAUAGAAGAUUAUAGACAGCGAUAUUUUGCGCAAAAGCAGAGUUAACUUUCUGCUAACAUGGUGCUAACUAAAGAGGGAAGGAA